AUGGAUGAUCAAGGUGAAAAUAAACAAGCGCAAAUGGAUAUUCAACAAUCAAAUCAAAUGAUGUUAUUAAUGCAACAGUUAUUGGCUAAACAAGAUUUGUUGCUGGAUGAAAACAAACAAAUUAAACAAGAGAUGGCAACACAACAGAUCACCAUUAACAAUCUUACACAAGCUAUUGAAGCUAUACAAGUAAGCAACGUAUUGUAUCACAACAUAUUGCCAACAAAACCAUCUUUAUCAUUGACAACGGCUACGUUGUCGCAGUCAACAUCACCUGUUAUCAUGAAUAUCGAGUCUAGUCUUAAGGAACAAGCUGCCAAACAAUUACAGUCCAAAAGAAUCAACCAACUUCUUGAUUCUACUCCAUUCACUGGAUCAGCUUCACAAGAAGUCUCAGAUUGGAUUGACGACUUUACUAACAAGUGUGAUCAAGUGCAACUAGACGACGCACAACGUUUAUCAGUAGUUAUUGAUCUUCUCAAGGGCAAUGCCAAAUUAUGGUAUGAUACACACAAGGACACAAUUAAUGAUUGGGUAACAUUAAAAAAUAAAUUAAUGACCUAUUUUCAACUUGUCACUGGUACCGAUCAUUUUCAACUCGAACAAAAGCUUUAUAAUCGUCGACGACAAACCAAUGAAUUGGCAAUUGAUUAUUGUCAUAAUGUUCUUAAACUUUGCUCAAAGGUUAAUAAAUACAUGGAUGAUGAAACUCGACUCAGACAUCUUACUAAAGGACUAAAUGCAGCAGCUCAAAUACAUAUGGAUUUAAAAAGCCCUGCCACUGCUGAAGAAUUUCUUCAAGCUCUCAUUAAGUAUGACAAAUGGCAAGAAGAAGGAAAAAUUCAGGUGAGAGCUACCACAUCUUUUGAUAAUCGUAGAAAUAUAGCAAUAAGAACAACGCAACAGUCUCUCAUGCAACAAGAACCAUAUUCUCCGAUUUCACAACACCAACAAUACAACAAUUCAUCACAACAGCAAUACAACAACGCGUCACAACAACAACAACAACAUCAUUACACAACACAUGGUUCACAUCAACCUCAACAUAACAGCGAGAAAAGCUAUGGUGGAUGUUGGUCAUGCGGUGGUAUGGACCAUUAUCAAUAUAAUUGUUCAAAAAACUACUAG